AGAGAGUUUCUUCAGUUCAGAUAUGCAAGCGAUUAUAGAGGUCCACCACGUGUACUUGUUCCAUGCACGUGUCUGUCCCGCCCCAAAAUAAUUAAUAAUGGAGAGCGUGCCUGUGGAAAUUGUAGCAGAAUUGAGGAAGAAUGGUUUAACUUAUGCAGAAAUCAGUUUAAAACUACAACAGGACUACCCACAACAAAGAGGGUUUUCAAAAAGGUCUGUUCAUCGCUAUUGUAAGGAACACAAUCUAGAAAAAAUGGAUGAUGAUGAAGUGGAUGAAGUAGUGGAGCAGGCUAUAUAUAAUGGAGGUAUAGCUAAAUAGUUAUUUUGAGAAUUUAUAGAUCUAUACUGCAAUAAUUAAGGUUGGUGAAACUUAUGGGAGGAAAAUGAUAAAAGGCUUGUUAGAUUCCAAAGGAGUUUAUAUUAGAGAGGGAAAGGUAGCACAGUCUUUGAAGAGAGUUGACCCCCAAGCAUACACCAGAAGGAGUAAUAAUACUGUAGACAGGACCAACCCAGUUCCAUACCAUGCUUCAGGAUUUGGUCACAAGUUACACCUUGACCAAAAUGAAAAAUUGGUAAUGUUUGGAGUGACUCAUGUUUUGGCAGUAGAUGGUUACUCUGGCAUGAUUGUUUCUCAUGUAAUUAUGCCUGUCAAGAAUAAUUUAUUAAUAUAUGAGCAUAUUUACAGGAAGUCUGUAUUGACGUAUGGAUUGUGGGAACAAAUCAGAGUAGACUGUGGCAGGGAAUUUUUUUUGACACUCUUUAUUCAAAAAAAAUUACGACAACAGUAUGGCUCUACUGAAAUAGUACCUUAUGUCCAAACUCCAUCUACCCAGAACUUGACAGUGGAAAGAUUGUGGCCACAGGUUAACGCUAGGGUAAAUUAUCCAUUAAAAAGGAUACUAUUCUCAAUGCAAGAUAGAAACAGUAUUGACAUGACCUGUCCUACAACUCGCUAUUGUGUGUCACAUGUAGUAAUAAAAUUAGCAACAGUGGGUAUGGAAAGGUUCAUCUCAGCUUGGAAUUCUCAUUUUAUUGCUGGUAAAGGUGUUCCACUUGUAUUAAGUCAACAACGUUUUACAACACAAGUACAAGCUUCAGUUGUACCCAGCACUGUUACAGCUACACAAGAUUAUGAGCAGCAAGGAGGAUCACUAACUCAUUUUAGUGAAUUUGGCAUAGACCCAUUAAGAGAAAGGCAUGAUUUAAUUAGACUUAGAGAUGAGCAUUUUGGUGUUGACAUAGGAAGCUACGAAACAGUAUUUACUGAUGCUGUUUCAGGAAGUGGUGAUCUAGUUGAGCGUGCCUUGCUUCACUUUUUGACACUUACUCAGAGACUUGCACAAUUAAUUUGAU